CAGUCAAAAUGGCUUCGUUCAAAGUGAAACCAGAGCACACUGGACCGCCGGAUUUGUACUACAAUGAAACCGAAGCAGCAAAAUAUGCAUCAAACUCCCACAUCACUGCAAUUCAACAUGAAAUGGCUGAAAGAGCACUAGAGCUAUUGGCACUUCCAGAAGGGAAAUCUGGAUUUUUGCUAGAUAUUGGUUGCGGUACCGGAAUGAGUUCUGAAGUUAUACUUGAUGCUGGUCACAUGUUUGUUGGCGUUGACGUUUCCAGACCAAUGUUAGAAAUUGCUCGUCAAGAUGAAGACCUUGAAUCUGGAGAUUUCAUUCAUCAAGAUAUGGGACUAGGAAUGCCAUUCAGGCCUGGAAGUUUUGAUGGUGCAAUUAGUAUCUCAGCCAUUCAAUGGUUAUGCCAUGCAAAUGCUUCAGAUGAGAAUCCACGUAAACGUCUUCUCUUCUUUUUUCAAUCACUCUAUGGAUGCCUUGGGCGUGGAUCACGAGCAGUUUUCCAAUUCUACCCGGAAAACGAUGAGCAAUGCGAUCUGAUUAUGGGUCAAGCUCAUAAAGCAGGAUUCAAUGGAGGACUUGUUGUUGAUUUUCCUGAAGCCGCCAAACGGAAGAAAGUUUAUUUGGUUUUGAUGACUGGAGGAGUGGUUCAACUUCCACAAGCAUUGACUGAAGAUGGAGAAGAAAGCAGAACACAGAUUGAUAAUGCUGGAAGAAGAUUUGUGUGGAACUCUCGUAAAAAUGAGAAAGUCGCGAAAGGAUCGAAAGCAUGGAUUGAGGCGAAACGUCAACGACAGAUUAAGCAGGGACGCGACGUCAGACACGAGUCGAAGUAUUCCGGAAGAAAGAGAAAGACCAAGUUCUAAAUUUUUCAGUUAUUACAAAAAUUGUUCUUUUGUUAUUCCAUUUACUACUGUUUGAAUUUUGUUGUUCUUGUUCUUUUUCAAUUUUUCUUUGUUUUCUUCCUCAUUUCAUAGUAAAAAUUUAUUGAUAAAUGGAUUUUUCCUAAGUACGUGGGGAGGAUAUCCAAGAAAAUUGACCAAAAACUUCUCAAAUGCUUGAUUAGAAUAGAUUGAUUUUUGAGGAUAAGGGCCUCUGUAGUUUAAAGACACGAGCUGAUAAAAAACAUUUUUGAAUUUCUUGAAUUCUGAGCUUUGAUUGAACUUCCUAUUGACUGGGUUUAAUUAAAAUUUUGCCUCCUGUAAAACCUCUCCGAAAACUACAGUAACCCCAGAGAGUUUUCGUGAUGAGACCCUGAAAAUUUGCAUAAAACGGAAUAUAGCCGAGAUGGGUUCAAAUGAAAGCUUAAAAUGCGAUAAAUUGAAC